AUGUAUAUCGCUCGUUCAUUACUGGCUUCGGCCCUCUUCCUCUCGCUUCCUGUGGUUCAGGGUGCCGUCGUAGAAAGGAAUCCCGCCCAGUAUCACGAUGCAAGAGAGGCCGGGUUCUGGCGCCAGGCCCAAAACAUUGUGUUUGGCAAACGACAGCAACCGUUGAUCUGUGUUUCGGACGACUAUUAUGGCAUCAUCGCAACAUAUACCCCAGCAGCGCAGUUCUGCGCAAAACUCCUCUCGAGGACAGCAUCAGUAGAAAUAGAGGUCACACCAACCUCAACCGCUACCGCUGUUACAGGGACCGUCAUAACUACUAUUAAUGCCAUAACUCGGAUUACUAGUACAAGCACCGCAACUGUAACCUCCACAACAGUCGUGUCCGCAAUCGCGUCGCCAUCUCCAACCGCUCUUGCACUACGGCGCGAUGCUCGUGCCGACAUCCAAGCUGUAGUUGAGGCCGUCGUCAAUGGUACCGACAUAUCAUCCAUCAUGGGCGCUACACAAGCUUCCGACUUGGCUUCCAUUGGGUCCGCCUUGUCAAGUGCAUGCGAAUGUCUAAGCUUGACUGACAUCUUCACGAACACAAUCACGUUCACUGCGCCAACCUAUGUCACGACUAUCGAAGGGUUCCUGAAAACUACGACUACCGCUAUCUCCACGAGAUCGUACACGGUAACUGAGACGGUUACUACAAUUGUCUCGGUGGUUGAUUCGGGUCCUGUGACCGGUACUGCCGCGAGCACCAGUGGGAUAGCAAGCUCGACCGUUCCAGCCAUUCUGCCGACCGUUACGAUACCAUCGUUCACUUGUCCAGACAACCAUCAACAGGUCAUAGCCAAUUGGAUCAGUGGGCAACAGUACAAAUAUCAGGUUUUCUGCGAUGCGCUUGUGGUAGGUGUCGGCGCUCUCAGUUCCUACAACUAUUCAAGUCCUGCCGACUGCGCCGCUGCGUGUUCCGAGCUUGAUUUCAGGCUUAAUGGGACUACGUGCAAAGCAAUGUCCUUCAAUGCCACUGCGACCUCGGGCGGCAACUGUUUCCUCUAUGGAGACGUACCAGCCCUGGUAAACAGUCCUGGAGUCAUCAGCGCUCUUUUAUCAGAGAUUAUCCUUUCCAAUGGCGCGUCGCUCUUGCCUGCCAACUCGACAGGCACAAGAGCGCCCAGUCCGGAAGACACCAGUUCUGCGAUCAGCGCUGUCGCAAAUCCUGCCGUAAUUACGGCACCUCCAGCAUCAUGCCCUGCAACCGUCGGAUCUUCGACCUAUUGGUCAAGUGGAAUUACACUUGAGAAUGGCUGGUACAGCUACUCAUGGAGCUGGGCUGCGUAUACAGCAGAAUGCUGGAUUUCCUCUUGGGCAACGGCAACGACUCAGGUCUAUGCUUCCACUUGGACAGUUGUUAUCCCGGGCCAGUCAGGAAUUAGUGGAGGCGCUGUUGCAAGUGCCAGUGCCGGCGCUGGUGCGGGUGUCUCACUCGGAGGCGGAGGAGUGGUCACGUUUGUCUCGAACGGCAUUACAGUGGUAUCGACAAUUGCAAGCGCAGGCGCUACUGGUGGUGGGGGCGGUGGUGGCGGCGCGUCUGCAGGUGCAACUGGAGGUGGGAUACCUUCACAGACAGCUGCUGCUUCCGGAGCUGUGCCCACAAUCAUCGUCACAAACGAAACAACCAUCGUGUCUUUCAUCUCGGGUGCUACUGGCGGUGUAGGAUCCAGCGCGACGGGUGGGGUGGGCGGAGGCCUUGUACCGUUCCCGAAUGCUACAACCAUUUUGUCUGACGGAUCCACGCUGGUUUACAGCACAGGCGGUGUCGACCUUGGCUUCACAACCGGCGGGGCCACCGGCGGGGGUGGAGGCCUGAUUCCCCCCAGCUUGGGCACUGGUGGCCCGUCCACGGUCAUCCUAUCUACCGGGGGAGAAGUGAUUCUGAGCACUGGUGGUGUCGAUGUCAGCCUAGUUGGCAGCGCAUCUAGCGGAGGCGGCGGAGGCCUGCUCCCUCCCAGCCUUACCGCACCUGGCGUUCCAGACUCGACCGCAGUGAUCACCUCAGGGGCCAGCGUCGUCCUUAGUACAGGUGGAGUUGAUCUCAGCUUUGCAAGCAGUGGGUUCAGCACCGGCGGGAGCGGCUUGAUCGCGCCAGCCCCAAGCGGGGCUCCUCCGACCUUCGCCAACUCCACAGACAUUGGUGUGGAAUCGAACGCUCUGACUUACCUCACUGGUCAAACUGUAACCGGCCCCGUGGGCACCAGUCUGAUUACUGGAGAAAGUGGUUCUAUUCCACCGACUUCAGGCUCACCUGUCUUCGCAAACCUCACCAGAGUUGAUUCUACUGGAUCAACUGUUGUCAUGAGUACAGGUGGUGUUGAGACCGCCGUCAUUAGCACUGGUAUCGCAAUAUCUGGAGGUGGCCUCAUCCCGCCAAGCUCAGGCUCGCCCGCCUUCCCGAAUAUUACCGCAGUUGAAUCGGCCGCAAGCACUACUGUCUUGGGCACAGGCGGCGUUGAUACCAGCUUCAUCAGCACAGGCACUGCGGUCUCUGGUGGCGGCUUGAUUCCCCCCUCGCCCACCUCGGCCCCGUUUCAGAAUAAUACGGUGCCCUCUGGCACUGAAGCGCCGCCACUAGGCACCGGAGGUGAGACGGCACCACUAAACACUGGAGGUCCGACGGCUCCGUUAAUCACUGAGGCUCCGACGGCUCCAUUGACCACUGGAGAUUCGGCAUCUUCAUCAGCCAACGAUACGUCCGCAGGAAGCUAUGGUGCACCUGGUGGAAUUCGGAGUGGUACUUAUCGGACCUCCUCUUCGGGGAUGAUCUUCGUGACGACCGAAGUGCCGACGGCACCACCCUUCCCCACAGCGAGCACGAACACCAGUGACAUGGGCGUUGGUCCUACUGGAGGAAGUCCGUCUGAUAUGUGGUCUUCAGGCAUCAGUCCUUCGCCAACCGGAAGCACACCUUUCCCGCCGUUAUCGACUGGAUUCAACGACACCGUUCCCAGUACAUGCCCAUGCUUACCACAACCGACAUGUCCGCCUGUGAUCACGAACACGGUCACAGUCCGCGAAUACAUCACCGUAACCAACUGCGCAGGCUGCCCGCCGGGCUCCUUGGGUACCGGCGGUCCAUCCUACGGCCCGCUCAACACGACCAUGGCCCUGCGCCGCGCCUUCGGUGAAAGUGCGACUGAAGCCCAGAUCGCCGCCGCCUGCGCGAACACCGGCUCCCUCGUCACCAAUGGCGGCUUCGAAACCACGAGCCAGGACUUCGGCGCCCAAGGCUGGUCCGAUAGCACGGCCAGCACCUCGAUCUACUUCCUGACGCACUCGAGCGCCACUGCACAUGGCGGCCUCCGCGAGGGCCGCUUCGUGAGCUCAGAGACCGGGGCUGCGAUCCGCAUCUCGCAGCCCCUGACGCUGUGCCCGGGCAGGACGUAUGCACUCAGCGCAUACCAUCGCCAGACGAGCGACCUUAUGCAGUGCGAGGUCUGGUACAGCUUGGGUAGUGAAGAGGUCUUUAGCGAUCAGCCUGGUACUGUGUAUGAAGGACAGUCAAAUUUCUAUACCGCGGGAAGCAGCGCGGCGGACGUGAGUCUUGACUUGGAUAUCACGGUUAGGUGCUCGGGCCAGAAGGAUGUGGAUGGUCAGAUGGUGCUCGAUGUGGAUGAUGUGGCGUUGAGGGCGGUAUAA